AAUAUCUUUUUACAUUCUUUUGUUUCAUUGUUUGUGAAUCAAUUUUUUUGAUUCAAUAGUUACAAAGCUAAUUCUUAAAAAGUACUUGUAUAUAGUAUGUAGUAAUGUUUUUAGUGUCUUUUUAAUACGAGAAAUCCUGAUCUAUGAAAGGUUAGUGUGUCCAAAAAGUUGGAAUUAAAAGUAAAGUUAAGAAAAGUACAUUUAUAUGAGCAACAGAUUGUAUGUACGAAUUAUUAGAAUAACAAACCUUAAAGAGCUUAACCUAUAUUGAUUGAACUUUGAAAUUAAAACUUUCUUAUUGAUUGUAAAUGACAUGAUAUCUCAUGACGAGAUAAAAAUUGAAGUAGUACCAAUAAAUGGAGAAAGAAUCGAAGGGAAAGAAGAAACUGUUGUUUUUGUUGAACAGUUUGUCAAGGAUGUAUGUGACUUUAGUUCCCAAUAUGGAAGUAAUAUUAGUAUUUCCUAUACAGCUUAUAAUAUUGCUGGGAAUCCAAGUAAAUUUCCUGACUACGGGGAUUUUCCACAAGCUUUUGUUAUGAGAACAUAUGGACAAUGGUGGGACAAAGCACCUUCAAGAUUAAUAGAUUAUAUGCCACAGAAUAAUGUAAAUGUUGUAAGUCAGGAUUAUAUAGAUCUAGAAUAUUAUCAAGAGGUAUAUCCAAUUAGAGUAUCAAUAUAUGAAACUUACAAUCCUGGAAGUGUAAUUGGAAUUUGGGCACAAAAUUCUGAAGGCAAAUGGUAUCAAUUAUGGAAUGGAUUUCCUCAAGUUGUGCCACAUAAACCAAGAAUAUUUUCUCCACACUUGAAACUAUGUAAUUUUAAGACAAAAAUGAUAAGAUUGGAAUUUAAUCAUAGUUUAUUAGACUAUUAUACAGAGUUAGAUGCUGUAUUACUUAUUGGUACAUCAGAAUUAAUUGUACCUAAUAACUUGCGUAAUCAAAAUCUGAAUGAUCUUUCUAAAGAAUUGGGCUACCUUAAACAAAGUGAUGAUGAUAUUUAUAAUUUAACACCAGAUUACUUAAAGGCAAAUCAGGAUUUAACAAUUCUUAAAAAGACACUUUCUAAACAUUGCACACUUUUUAAAAGCAGGGUAAUUGAUAAUAUAUCCAAAGGCAAAUUAGUAUCUAAACUAGGACAACACUAUCAGUCUGUACCUCCUAUAGAAGAAGCAUUCAAAAGUUUACAACAAUUUUUACAAGAAGAUUUUCCAAAACUUAUUAGAGAUAUUCAUCAUUCGAUACCAAGUACCAUAAAUGAACAAAAUAACUCACUUCAAGAAAGUUUUUCAGUAUCUUCAACUGAUUUUGAAAAUCAACCAUGUGGUAGUUUCUCAGCACUUCCGGUAAACUAUAAUAUUAAUUAUUUCAUUUGUUACAUAUUACAUAAAUUUAAUUUAUUUAAAUUACAGGAUGAAACAGUACUAAAAAUUUUGAAGAAUUUAGAUUUAAGAUCAUUAUGUUGUUUAUGUAGAGUAAAUAAACAUUUUAACAACAUUGCAAGGGAUGCUUUGUUGUAUACGAGUCUUAACUUAAAACCUUACUGGUAUUGUUUAAAUACAUCUGCAUUAAAUAGUUUAGCACCUAGAUGUCAUUAUUUACAACAACUAGAUCUUUCGUGGUGUGGAAAUUAUAAUAUGAUCAAAUAUCAAGAUUUUAUAUAUUUUCUUCAUACAUCUGGAACUGUUCUGACUCAUUUAAGACUUAAUUGUUGUCAAUUUGUAAAUGAUGCUAUUAUCCUCGAAAUUUCAAAAAUAUGUAAGAAUUUAAAAGAACUAUGUUUAUGUAAUUGUAUGGGUGUGACAAACGAGGGAUUUUCAAAGCUUGAAAAUUUAAGGUUUCUCGAACGUUUGGAACUUUAUAGAACAACUAUUGAAACUUCAACAUUAUGUUCCAUUUUAAGAAAGAACACGCAAAUGCGACAUUUAAAUUUGGCAGGAAUGCAUGACCGUUUAAAUAUAGAUGAAGUUGCUGUCGAAUUAGGAAAUUCUUGUCCAUAUUUGGAAAGCGUAGAUUUUUGGAAAGCACAGACAUUAACUCCACAUGGAGUUAGAGCUUUGUCUCACUGUACUAAACUUCGAGAAGUAGAUUUUGGAUGGUGUGGUGGAAUGGGCGCUCCAGGUGAUUCUCUACGAGCAUUAUUGUUUUCUUGUCGUUAUCUUGAAAAAGUAUUUUUAGCAGCACUUAGAGGAUUGACAGAUCGAGACUUAGAGCCACUUUUACUGUGUCAACGGCUGCAGCAAUUAGACUUAUUAGGAGCACGUUCUCUUACUCCUGAUAUAUGUUAUGGAAUUUUAUUGUUUUGUCCAAAAUUAGAAAUGAUUGAUCUUAGUUUUUGUGAAGGUAUUAAUGAUUUCAUAGUGCAAGAAUGGCGUCAACAAUACCCUCAUGUUUCUAUUAAAAGAAGUUUUCAAGUAACCAACUCUGAUAUUGUAUAAUAAACAUUCCAUGAUAUUUAUUA